AUGGAGGCUACACAUGGUGCUGCCGCUUUGGCGAGCUCUGCUACAAGUAGCUCGCCCAUUUCUUUGGGUGCGUUGGGUUUGACCUCGCGAGGCAAGGCGCUGGCGCCGAAUCGAGAGUCCGAGACGCAUGGGGAGGAGACGCGCGGUGAGGAAGAGGACAUGAUAGUGGUAGACGACGAAGAAGAAGAUCUUUCCAACUACAACGGAGCGAGACUUGGCGGUGGCAACGCUUUGCUUGCUCUGACUAGCGCCCCGCUCGGACCGAUUAGAGCCCCACCCCCACCGAUUAGCGCCCCGCUCGCACCGAUUAGAGCCCCGCCGGCUCCAGCUAGCACCCCGCCCGCUCCGACAAACACCUGUCCUGGAGCAGCUCCACAAGGCAGCCAAGUCCAGUUGAACAGAUCUCAAGAGGUGUCGCGGCAAAAGGAGGAGCUCCUGAACACGGCGUUUCCCUGCGUUGAAGACGCAGAGGGGGAGGACCCCGAUGAGGGCACAUGGCGAAACGUCGAGAAGGUCAUCAAAGGGCACUUCGGACCCUACGUGAUCGUACGGCGAAACACGAUGAAGGUUUUCGCUGGACCAGCCGACGGUGUUCGGAAGAGCAGGUGGAGACGCGUGGUGUUCGAGUGCGAGCAAAGUGGUAAACCGGACACCAAGCCGGGAACGACCAACAAGACGACAACAUCGAAGAAGGUGCUGUUCGGUAGUGAUUCGAUGUUGAGCAGAGCUGGCGCCGAUGCUGUUAUUAUGUUUGUUCCAGGCCUGUUCGCUCGCUAA